UAAAAGGGACAAAAGGAGGGAGUGGUCGGAAUUGGAAAUGGGUAGUGAAGAUGAAAUGCAGUGGACCGAUUCAGAAAUCAGCAGGACUUAGUGACUGACGGAUAGAAUGCCCAAGAAAUGCCCUGGUUUUCCUCCAGACAACUGAGUAGCUGUUGUCCUAGCUAGACCAGCAAACACUAGGCCUGUUGGGCUUUCUGCAUCCAGUUGCCCAAGUCAUCAUGCUGUUUGGUGACAUCAGCAAACGCAUGCACAUCCCUUCACAAAGGUAGAUGAUGAGGGAAGUCACCUCCAGUCCCACCCUUCAUUGCUCUAGUCUUGGUCUUGUCUGCAUGGGAAAAGGCAGUUGGGUUGCGUCUCUCAAACCAUGACCAUGUGUCCGUGGUGAUCGGUAUUCCUUUGCUUGGAGAACUGGAAUGAUCAGGUGUGGAGACAUCCUUAAUGAACAUGGACCAACCACACAAGCAUUACUGUUUCUGUCUGAACUAUUCGAGCAGAUUGUUGUAUUCACCAUCAAGUUACUCAUCAUUAAUACAGAGACAGAACCUUGUCUGUUUUCUCAGAAACCCACACUAUGGCAGCCUUAUUUAUGCUGAUGGUCAUGGCGAGGUGUGGACAGACUGGAACAACAUGUCCAAGUUCUUUCAGUAUGGAUGGAGAUGCAGCACUAAUGAGAACUCAUAUUCAAACCGUACCCUGAUGGGCAACUGGAACCAGGAGAGAUACGACCUGAAGAGUAUUGUAAAACCAAAACCCUUGCCUUCCCGGUUUGGCCACUGCUUUGAAACAACAUAUGACAAAAACUACAACAGCAAAAAGCCACAAUCAGCCCACAGAUUUAAGCGAGAACCUCAUUGGUUUCCUGGACAUCAGCCUGAACUGGAUCCUCCUCAAUACAAAUGCACAGAAAAGUCAAAUUCUAUGAGUAGCUACUCAAAGCCUCAGCCCACUCACUACUCUUGGUGUAUAUGCGAUCCAAACACACACUGAUUUUAGGAUCCAGUAACCAAAGAAAGAAAAAAUAGCUUCAUUUGUUUCUGGAGUAGACUGUAGAAAGGAGCACAUUCUAAGCAGACUCAAACCUCACUCUUAACGUAACUUCUGUCUAAAUAAACCACACGACACACACAUAGAAAAAAAAAAUCUCUAUUUUUGUUUACUCUGUCCUGGUGAGUUGUUGUCAACUUAACACACACCUAGACAUAUCUGGGAAGAGGAAAUUUUAAUUGAGAUAUUAUCUCCAUAAGAUUGGCCCAUAAGCAAGCACUCUUGAUUAAAGAUUGAUGUAAGAGGGUCUGUCCCACAGAGGGCAGUGACACUGCUGGGCAGGUGGUCCUGGGGUCUAUAAGAAAGCAGGCUGAGCCGGGCG